AUGGCAGACAAGUUCGUGGUGCACAAGUUCGGCGGCACGUCCGUAGGCAGCGCCGACUGCUUCGCCAAGGUGGCAGACAUCGUGUCGGGUAUUGAAGCUCCGCGCGUGGCUGUGGUGGUGUCGGCCAUCGGUGGCAAGCCAAAGGUCACGGACCUGCUCAUCUCGCUGCUCGAGCUGGCAAAGCAGCGCCGCACUGCCGAAUGCGACGAGAUCCUGGCAACUCUCCGUAAGAAACACCACGAUGUGGUGAGCACAUUGCUGCCUCCCGAAGUGGGUGAGCCCAUUGAAACGGCCAUCGAGCGCGACUUGCAGUCCGUCUCGGAACUGCUGCGCUCCAUCUCCAUUAUGCAGGCAUACAACGAUAAUGUGGUAGAAUUCAUUUCGGGUCACGGUGAGAUCUGGUCAGCCAAGAUCCUUACAGCUGUGCUGAGCGAGAGGAUGCAGAAUGACGGUAAGAAACAUCGUUUCCAGUUCGUGGACGCUCGUGACUUCCUGACAGUCGAGGCGGACAACGAACACGGUCCGGUGGUGCAGUACGAUUUGUCGGAGCAAAAGAUGAAUGCGAUUCUGAAGAACGGAGAGGGUGAUGAGAUCACGCACGUGGUCAUCACUGGAUUUAUCUGCAGCACCGUCGAGGGCAUCAUGACCACACUCAAGCGUGACGGCAGCGACUUCACAGCCUCAAUCUGUGGCCGUGUGCUACACGCCAACAGCGUGACGAUCUGGACGGAUGUGAGCGGUGUGUUGAGCGCCGAUCCGCGUCGUGUGCCGGAGUCCCAAAUUCUGCCCGAGAUCUCGUACCAAGAAGCCAUGGAGCUUGCGUACUUUGGUGCCAAGGUCAUCCACCCGAAGACCAUGGCGCCUGCAAUUGACGAGGACAUUCCUAUUUACAUCCGCAACACUUUUGAGCCUGAACACCCAGGCACGAAGAUCUCCGACCGUAAGAAAGUGGAGCUCAAGCGCACCAUGUCGAAUGGAACCCCCACAGCUCGCAACAUUGUAAGCGGAUUCUCCACAGUAGAUGACCUGGCGCUAUUUAACAUUGAGGGCAGUGGCAUGGUCGGAGUGCACGGCACGUCGUCUCGACUAUUCAGCGCUCUGGAUCGCGUCAAGGUGAACGUUGUGCUGAUUGCUCAGGCCAGUUCGGAGCACUCGAUCUGCUUCGCUGUGCCCAUGGACUGCGCCGAAGUGGCCAAGGAAGUGAUCAACGAGACGUUCUUUAAAGAAAUUCACGUGGGACACAUCGACAAGGCCGAGUACAUUGCUCCGAUCAGUAUUAUCGCCGCGGUGGGCGACCAGAUGAACCAGACCCCUGGUGUGUGCGCUCGCUUCUUUGGUGCGCUAGGCCGCGCAAAGAUCAACGUGUUGGCCAUUUCUCAGGGUUCCUCGGAGCGUAAUAUCUCCGCUGUGGUGCACUACGAGGACUCGGCUGCUGCUCUGCGUGCCGUGCACUCGUCGUUUUUCCUGUCGGACCAGACUCUUUCUAUUGGUUUGAUUGGCCUCGAGUUCGAGGAAGAUGAGACCAAUAGCAUCGGUGUGGCUCUAUUGAAGCAGUACCACCAGCAACGCGAGUAUCUGAAGCAGCGUUUCAACGUGGAUAUCCGCGUGCGUGCUAUCGGCACUCAUAUUACGUCGCAGAUGCUGCUAGAUGUCGACGGUGACAUUACGGAAGAAGUUUUGGCAGCCCGUAAGAACGAGUUCGUGCCAUUCGACCGAAACAAGUUCCUGGAUCACGUCUGUGCCGACCAUUUGCCGCACUGGCUGAUCGUUGACGUCUCCAAUAGUUCGCAUCACGUCAAGGACCUGUAUCCGCAGUGGCUGGCUCGUAAGGUGCACGUAAUGACGUCCAACAUUAACGUGUCGUCAGCCUCGACAGAGCAGCAUAACGCUAUGCAGGAGAUGGCGAUUGAGAACGAGUUGACGUACGACCCAGAGGCUACAUUGGCUAUUGGUGUACCCAUUUUCAACACCAUCCAGAACUUCAUCCAGACGGGUGACGAUAUCCAGCGGGUAGAAUACUCGGGAAGCCGCUUCUUGCACGCUGUUUUCGACACUGUGUUCGCACUACCGAAGCCUGCCGAGGCUGAUCUGGGAGCUAUUAUGAAGGGUCUUAUGGACGAGUACAAGAACGAGUUCAGCGUGCGCGAUAUCGUGGACGACGUCAUGGGCGUACGUAGUGCCAAGAAGGCCAUUAUGAUCGCUCGCGAGAUGGGCUACGACAUGGAGAUGAAGGACGCCAACAUCGAGAGUCCUUGGGAUCCCAGCGCCACCGUUGCUGGCAGUCAGGAUGAGGUUGGCGCCUGGAGCUACGAGUAUCUGUUGGAGCAUCUCGUGAAGGCCAGCGAGCCGUUGAAGCAGCAGAUCGCCAAGACUGUAGCAGACCCGGAGCAGGCACUGCAGCUGCGCCAGGUGAGUUAUAUUGAUGCUGCCACGGGCAAGAUCUCGGUGCGAGUGGAAGCUCUGCUACCGACGCACUCAUUUGCCUUGCUUAAAUGCCGUCAGGGUGGUUUUGCCUUCUACACGCUGCGGCAUUCUCUGCACCCCGUGGUGGUCACGGGCCCCAUCGCAGAUUGCUCGAUCACGGCGGGAUCACUCUUCGGCAGCACACUGUUCCUAGCCAGGAAUUGCGGUGCACGCGCCCACAACUGCGACCACGCGUGCAAGAUUAACAAGAAAAAGUAA